AUGAUCAAUCCAAGUACGGAAAGCAUGGAAGACGAGACGAACCGUUCUCGUACGUCUAGUGUUAUUAUGCCAGAAGUGAAGGAGCCUCUUUUGGAAGAAAAUUUAGUCGGGCCUUUUCGUAAAACGAUCAAAAUAACGGGACUGGACUGUCGAGUGAUAGCCCUUGCACAGAACAACCCAAACCUUCGGAUAAGAUCCAUCAUCACCAGAAUCGUAGCUCUUGCUGUAAUUGCUUUAAUUUUCUUUCGAUGUGGAAUGAUAUUCAAAGCAGAGGGACCAGCAAUGUCCUUGACUUGGGCUGAAUCCAAUAUGUUUGCUUUUAUGGGGAUCCAUGCGAUUGUUUGUGCUUUUUGCAUUUUUGGAUGGUCCAAGAAUGAGUUUGUACCUCUUCAUAUUUCAAGAUUGAACAAAGUCAGAGCACUCCGAGUUAAGGAAAGCAGGGAAAUUGAUGAUUAUUCAAGUGUUCAUAGAAAAGCAUUCAUCUGGUCAGCAUUCUGGUUUCUGGCACUUCUUUCUCAUGCUAUCGCCAGUGCAGCUACUCAUAAAAUUCUCAUCUCGGGAAAACCAGUGAUUGCUCCACUCUACAUCGCAAUGCCAUUUCUCACUCUUUUGUCAUGUUUUAUCGUAACUCAUUGUCUAAUUUACUACUUCCUUGUCCAUGUUUCUUUGAAAAGAGAAAUCGAGUACUUCAACGUAGAAUUGGAUGAAGCUAAACAAGAGAAACGUCUACAUGAUCCCAUUACUCUCAUGGAUUUCUCUCAUCGACAAGCAGAACUUUUUCGUUUGGUGGCUAAAGCAAAUGAAUCUUUGGGAAGCUAUGUCCAAGUCGCUCCGAUGUUUUGUUUCAACAGCUGUAUAAACGCAGUAUAUAUUGCUAGCGGAUUCACUGAUGAUCUUCCUUCGGUCUUCUUUGCCAUUCUCCUUUUCAAUCUCUUCGCAGUUCUUGCCAUUUCAUUUAUGACGCUUCGACCAGCUGGCAAUGUGCAAUUCCAUCUUGGGGACACUGCUAGAGUUCUAAUGGAUAGUGAAGAAUUCGAGAAAUCAGUAGAUUCAGAAGUAUUCAAAGGAUACCAAGUCAUGAUUAACAGAUCUCUGAAGCACAAUGUGUAUAUUCGAGUGCUUGGAGCGAUUCCAAUUUAUCCAACUGCCGUGAAUCUUGCCAUGUUUUUGUUUCCCAAUUUAGGAAAUUUGUUAGCACUAGUCAAGAAGGUGCUAGUCAAUCAUGGUGUUCAAGUCUAA